AUGUGGGAGUUCAUUCCCGCAGACGAGCCAUCAUGCGGCCUUGAUCUCGGCAACCUGCACCACUUCCAAGGACUCGUCCAAGGCCUUCUGGCGCUUGAGAGACGGAGGGAAGCUGCCCCAUCGCGAAGCUCCGCGUCUGGAAGUAGACUUGCCGCCAUUCAAAGGGCGUUUGAGACUCACGAGAGCCGGCAAGGGGUCGCCCAAGGCCAGGCCAUCCCAGGUCGGUCUCCACCGCGGUCUGCAGCUCAUUCGACCUCAUCGACGCAACAAGACGACUUCAUGUGGGCAGACUUCCUCCACAUGGACCGCUUUGAGGAAAUGGCGAGAGUGGGGUCAAGAACGCCGCCUGCACUCCCGAAUAGCUGGGAAGAUGCGCUGUCCUCGACCAUGAUGCUGUUGGCCUCGGUCGCAUUCUCUGUCGUUCUCUCUUUGGUGAUCGGUCUUCACGGCUCGACAACUCGCAUUCUCCAAACCAUCUCCGGGACCCUUCCCGGAUACGCCCGUUCAUAUACCCUGCUGGCAGAGUACCUCGCGAUGCACAAUGUCCUGGUCACACCCAAGCCAGACCCUUUUCAAUCGGCCACCCCAUCCAUCGUUCCACCAUCACCUGCAUACGGGUCAGAAGCCGGCAUCACCCCGAACAGCAGCUUCUCUUCUUUGAACACGCUAGGCAGUCGUCGCGCGACCACAUGA